AGCACUGUUAAGUCAGUAAACAUACCAAGUGAAAGAAGAAUAAGUGUUUUAUUUAUGGAUGGUUUUAUAAUAUCCAUCAUGUAUACACCAUGGAUAUAUACGUAUACAUUGAUUAUAUGUAUUAGGUUUGAUGUUGGAGGACAGCGAUGACACAAGCAAGGUUUUAAUUUGAAUUGUUUUUCUUAGCAUUUUAGUAUUUUAUUAAUACAGAAAAAACAUUGUGUGUGUGCCAUGGCUGACGGUCUGGACCUGCCUCUUCUUCCAGGUGGGAUUCCGUUCGUCCUGACCGGGGAGCUUUUUGAGCAGUCCUACCGGCCGGCUGCCUUCAUGAUUGCUGGUCUCGUAAAUUGGUUAUCCAAUUUUGCUGUGGGCCUUUUGUUCCCGUUUAUUCAAGCUGCGCUGCAGACGUACGCCUUCCUGGUGUUUGCGGGUGUCUGCAUCCUGGGCGCCGCUUACCUUUACACCGUGCUCCCCGAGACCAAGAACAAGACCUUUGUGGAAAUCAGCCGAAGCUUCGCCAAGAUCAACAAGGUGCCGGUUCGGAGUCCUGGAGACGCGCGGGAGCUGGAGCUGCAAGGGGAGCUGUCCCUCGCCAUUCAGCCUGGACAGGGGUCCCCCAAAGGCAAAGUCACGGAGAUGGAGAGCUCCUUCUAGCCUAAAGGAGCGAUACGGCCUAACAGACUCGGACAUGGUUCUAAAACAUCUAUUGAGGAUGUGCAAUGCACCGUAGGUUCUAAUUUAACAUUUUGUGUCAGUAUUUUACUGUGGGCCGGCUGAACCUGAUUCCUGUAGAUGCUGCUUCGUCACGCGGAGACGUGGCUGCGUUACUCGCAGUGGGGUUCAGUCGGAGGGUAUGUCGGCCAAUCGCUCUAUCCUCAGCCAUAAGUAUCCGAUAUUAGUUUGGUUCCCUAGAACAACAACCCAGGUGUUCUGUGCCAGAAUAACUGUAUUUUUGCAAUGUUCCUAUGCCAAGAAAUCUGUAUUUUAGUAAGACGACACACCAAUUUCUUUGCCGGUCAACAGCCUCAUAAGUCCAGAAGGCCGUGCGGUUUUGCAGGCUGAGGGCGGGACCAUGAUAUCCGCCAGCUGCCCAGGAAAGGCUGCAGUCUAAUAGUCUUAUUUGCCAAGGAAGCUUCCUAAGUGGUAGCCAUGAUAAGAGCUGUUCAAAUUCUCUAAACGCUAAGGAAAGGUGCCUCCGUGCUUCUUUUCUUAUCUCCUUCAGCUUAGGGUUCAAUGGACCUACCCUUAUGAAGCGAAAGGAGAUAAUGCUGUCCCACAAUUCCUGCUGCAGCAAUAUUUAAAGCGAUGACAAAGACAAUUCUUUUCAUAAAUCGUCUUUUAUAAAUGUACUAUUGACAGAAGGUUGCCUCUUGAUGGAGGGGGGGGGGGGGGAGUCCUAACUGGUUUUAAUAGCAAACUGAAGCAGAUCAGGGGAAGCCUGACACGACAGCAAGUGUCAAGUUGCAAAUUGCAUUUCAUUAAUCAAUGACUUUUUAGAAGCGUUGGGAUAUACAGUAUGUUUGUAUACAAUUGAUGUAAUACAUCAUAAAAAAAUAGACAUAAUAAACUAGUGCUUAUAUG